AUGGUGAAUGCAAAUCUGGGAGCGAAUUAUGAGCGAUUGAGAUCAGCUUCAAUGUCAAAACCUGGUGCUUUCAACGAGCCCGAUAUCGUGGAUCUGGAAACGCUAAGUACCUCUCAAGAUGAACUUAAAGACAACAACGUUACUUUCAAUGCAACACAUCGAAAGCUCCACCACAGACACGUCUUACUCAUAGGUAUCUCUGGGGUCAUCGGAACGGCCCUGUUUGUAAGUAUCGGAAAAGCGCUGUACCAUGGAGGGUCUGUUUUCCUUCUAUUGGGAAUGGCGCUGUGGUGUAUCCCGAUUCUCUGCAUUACCGUUUCGACAGCGGAAAUGGUAUGUUUUCUACCGCUCGACUCACCUUUUUUGAGAAUAGCGUCGCGAUGCGUGGAUGAUGCUAUGGCCAACACAGCAGGCUGGAAUUUUUGGUUUUUAGAAUGCGUUCAAAUCCCGUUCGAAAUAGUGGCUGUGAAUACUAUCAUACAUUACUGGCGAGAUGAUUAUUCCGCGGCAAUACCGCUCGUUGUCCAGGUUUUGCUUUACCUGGCCAUCAGCUUGUUUGCCGUACGUUACUAUGGUGAAAUGGAAUUCUGGCUUGCCAGCUUUAAGCUGUUUCUUGCCGCGGGACUCUUUCUUUUCACUUUCAUCGCCAUGCUUGGCGGAAAUCCAAAAAAGGACAGGUUCGGGUUCAGGUACUUUUCUGAAGCCCCAUUCAAGCAAUACUUCCCUACAGACCAUAAAGGUACUGCUUCUUCCGGCUAUUUCCAAGCAUUUCUUGCUUGCCUCAUUCAGGCUUCUUUCACAAUAGCAGGACCAGACUACGUUUCCAUGAUUGCUGGAGAGACCAAGCUACCGCGAAAAGUUUUACCUGUUGCCUUCAAACAUGUUUUCAAUCGACUUACAGUCCUAUUUUUGGGUAGCAGUUUAUGUGUCGGGAUUUUAUGCAGUGCAAACAAUCCCGAUUUAACAGCUGCCAUCAACGAAGCACGUCCGGGCGCUGGCGCCUCUCCAUAUGUUAUUGCAAUGAAAAAUUUGGGAAUAAGAGCUUUACCAGACUUGGUUAACGCGACUCUCAUCACAGCUGCAUUCUCAGCGGGAAAUGCAUACACAUUUUGCUCUUCCCGAAUAUUACAUGGAAUGGCUCUGGAUGGUAGCGCACCUGCCGCUUUCAAAAAGUGUAACAAGCAUGGAGUACCCAUCAAUGCAGUGAUCGUAUCCCUGUUGUGGGGCCUUUUGAGCCUUUUGCAACUCAAUUCUAACAGUGCUGUGGUAUUGAACUGGCUCAUAAACUUGAUAACAACUUCACAGUUGAUUAAUUUCGCCUUCUUAUGCAUAACCUACCUCUAUUUUCGGCGGUCUUACAACGCACAAAAGAAGAAUCUGCCACCGCUGCCCUUCCAAUCCUGGUGGCAGCCUUACACUGCAAUUGUUGGUCUCGUGUCAGUCGUAACCAUGGCUCUCGUUCAGGGCUACUCCGUUUUCUACCCAUCUUUAUGGAACGUACAGGAUUUUCUGUUUUGUUAUUUGAUGAUAUUCCUGAACCUAGCCGUUUACUUCUUCUACAAAUUCAUUGUGGGAAAGGGUCGCUUGGGGCCUCGAAACCCAAGUGCGGUAGAUCUCACCACCGGCCUGCUUGAUAUCGAGCAGCAUGAGUUGGAACAUGGGUUUACCAAAUAUGCUUUUUUCACAAUUGGGCGUUCCCCAACGUUGGCAACGAACGAUGUUGAAAACCAUUUGAGCUCGGACCUAUUUGAAAGCCUGAGCACAUCGGCACCCAACACAAAACGCCUCGCCACAAAUAAAAUGUAG